AGAGCCCAUAUCCUAUUUGGGUCAAGUUCGGGCGUCCUCAAAGACAAGACGAAGACGGACGCGGUCGCUGAAGACACUCCACCUGCGAUAAUGGAAACUCCAUAAACCCUAAACCAUUUCAGCCGACGAUGCACCUUUUCAGCAAAUUUCUCUACUCACAUCUGUCCCGCCACUUUUCUACACUACCCAAACUCCCUAGCCUUACGAAAAUCCCUUCCAAGUAUCGACCCCAAGCCAUCCAAGACGCGCAACAGGCUCUUACAGAUUACCUCCACGGCACCAGAUACGUCCCUUUCGUCUACGCCGAACACAUUGCUAAAAACUCUCUCUUUUCUCUCUCCGGUCUCAUCUCCGACAUCGACUUCUCUCCGACGAGUUUCACCAGGAACGUUCUCAAAUUCCUCAGGUACCAUCCCAUCAACGAAUUUGAGUUUUUCUUUGAAAGUAUAGGCAUUGAUUAUAAGGAAGUCAGUGGCUUUUUACCUGCCAAGAAGUUCUUUUUUUCGGAAGAUGAGAGGGUCCUUGAUGCAGCUUGUGCGCUUUCCGGAUUUGGGUUUCCUUGGAACAAGUUGGGUAAGCUUUAUAAAGAGGAAGUUUCGAUUUUUAGGAUAAGUUCUAGGGAGUUGAAAGCUAAUCUUUUUAGGAUCAAAGAAUGUGGCUUUAGUAAUAUUUCUGUUAUUGGUGUUUGCUUGGCUUUUCCUUAUGUGUUGCGUGGGGAUGGUGAAUUGGAUGGGGAAGUUGGUGGUUUAUUGGAUGAUUUGAAAAAGGUUUUUGUAGAAUUUGAUUUGGGAAGUUGUGUUGAGGCAAAUGUAGACGCAUGGUAUGAGAUUUGUAGGAAAAUGAGGGUGUUUUAUGAUCUGGGAUUUGAGAAAGGGAAGACAGGGGAACUGAUGGGUAGAAGUAAGAAUCUUUUUCUUCUGUAUCCAGAGCAGGUUAUGGUCCAGAAGGUUGAGUAUUUUUGUCGAUUUUCUGUUAGGAAGGAAGAUGUUGGUUUGUUGAUUCUUCAAAGGCCGGAGAUUUUGGAUUUUGAUUUGGAAACACCAGUGAUUUCAGUAAUGGGAUUAUUGAAACAUUUUGGAUUGAGUACAGAGGAAAGGAAUGCCAUUGCUCAAGAGUACCCCUAUGUUUUGGGGAGAAAUAAAAUGGGUAAUUUACCUCAUAUGAUGAGAGCAUUAAGGCUACAUGAGUGGUUCUUUAAUAGGAUUAGGGAUGGAAAUCAUAAAUUGCUUGCUAAUUAUGCCAUUAGUCAUCCUGGUGAAGACUUGGAUGACGAUUUCAGAGAUUGUUUGGAGAGGAUUCAGUUUUCAAGAACUCCUAUCCAUACAAUGAGUAAGUUGAGUUUUUUGCAUGGAAUUGGGUUUGGAGAGAAUUCUUUGACCGUGAAGGUUUUAGCUCAUGUACAUGGUACUAGUUGUGAGUUGCAAGAAAGAUUUGAUUGUCUUCUUGGUACAGGGAUUGAAUUCUCAAAACUUUGUAAGAUGAUACAGAUGACACCAAAAGUUCUAAACCAGAGCCCAGAAACUCUAGAGCAGAAGGUGAAUUUCCUUAGCCAUGAAAUGGGUGUUUCUUUGGACUACCUUAAUAUAUUCCCAGCCUUUCUGUGUUUUAACUUAGAGUACCGGAUUAAGCCCAGGUACAGAUUUCACAAGUGGCUUACGGAGAAAGGUUUGUGUACUAAAAACUACUCCAUUGCAAGCAUGGUUGCAACUAGUGAAAAGAGUUUUGUAGCCCGUCUUUAUGGAAUUCAUCCAGAUGCUCCAAAACAAUGGUUUGAGAAUUUCUCCUGCAGAAAACCCAGUGAUAGUAGCUAAGACCAUUGUAAAUUGUCUAGGUAUGGCUUUUGACAAAUGAUUUUUGGAUUGAUAUCAAAUCUCUAAGUGAGAUAGAUGUCUUUCUUCUCAGUUCAUAUCUUGCAACGAUUAAGAUGGUGUAUAGAUUUACUCAUUCGUGAUCAACCUUACCUCUGCAUAUCACACACAAUGUAUUGAUGGAAAGAGUUAUGAGGAAACGAGUCAAGGGAAGGGUGUGCUUAUUAACCAUUUCUAGGCAUUUGCCCUUUGUAACAUUCAUAUUUCAACUGCAGGACUUUGUAUUUGUGGUUUACCUCUGUUGUGAAUUUAUAUUUAUCUUGAAAUGGUUGAAUUAGUCAAUUCAUUGGGACGAUGUGUAAGAACCUCUAUGAGUGUUCAUCUUUAAAAUCAUACCAAUUAGGCAAUAAUCGAUUUUCUUGGUUA